AUGAUUGUUCCCAAGGAAGACACCCACAUUGAGAUGCUCAAAAGAGCUUAUUACAAUCCGUAUUACUACAAUAACAAUAGCGGUUGGCACAGGUACAGAUGGUUGUUAUGGCUCUUGGUGUUAAUUCCCAUUUUCUUUGUCUUGCUUAUGUUUUGUUUGAGACGUAGAAGAUCAAAAGGUAGUGUUUACUACCCACAACAGCAACUGAAUCAACAGUACUACCAAAAUCAGCAACCACAACAGAGUUACGUGCCACCUGAACAACCUCAAACUUAUCAAACUGGUGGGUACAACAAUUAUGGAAAUGAAGGAUAUGGAAAUUAUGGACCUAGCAGUGGUGGUGCGGCGCAACAAGGUUAUUACUCAAGAGAACAAGAGUAUGAUGUUGCAGGUGAGGAAUUCUCGCGUCCUGAAGGACCACCGCCAGCCCACACCAAAGCAUAG